UAUUUUAUAAGAAUAACUUACAUUCAGUCUUGCCAAGAAAGUUAUGGAACGUUUAGCAGAAGGGAAAAAAAAUCUAUACAGUGACAACGAAUAUCUCACAUAGAAGCAGACCACAGAAGCCUUGAUAAGGCUUAGCUUGUCCUUAUAGUCCACUGUUAAUUGAAAGAAGCUGCUUCUACCUGGGGGUGGCAGGAGAAGUGAGAAAACCCCAUGGAAGACUCCCAGGACUUAAAUGAGCAAUCAGUAAAGAAAACGUGCACAGAAUCAGACGUUUCAGAAGCUCAGAAUUCCAGGUCUAUGGAAAUGCAGGACCUUGCAAGUCCUCAUCCUCUUGUUGGAAGUGGUGAUACUCCUGGUAGCUCCAAACUGGAGAAGGCAAAUCUCAGUAGCACAUCUGUCACCACAAAUGGAACAGGAGGGGACAACAUGACUGUUUUAAAUACUGCAGACUGGUUGCUGAGUUGCAACACUCCCUCUUCCGCAACAAUGUCUCUCCUUGCAGUCAAAACAGAGCCUUUGAACAGCAGUGAAGCGGCCACCACCACCGGAGAUGGAGCCCUUGACACUUUUACUGGGUCAGUAAUAACAAGUAGUGGCUACAGCCCCAGAUCAGCACAUCAAUACUCCCCACAGCUCUAUCCUUCCAAGCCCUAUCCACACAUUCUUUCUACACCAGCAGCUCAAACAAUGUCUGCCUAUGCAGGCCAGACUCAAUAUUCGGGGAUGCAGCAGCCGGCCGUCUACACAGCCUACUCACAGACCGGACAGCCCUACAGCCUGCCCACUUACGAUCUGGGCGUGAUGUUGCCAGGCAUCAAAACAGAGAGUGGACUUUCACAGACCCAGUCCCCAUUACAGAGUGGGUGCCUCAGUUACAGCCCGGGGUUUUCCACCCCACAGCCAGGCCAGACGCCUUAUUCUUACCAGAUGCCAGGUUCUAGUUUUGCACCAUCAUCUACUAUUUAUGCAAAUAAUUCAGUUUCCAAUUCAACAAAUUUUAGCAGUUCACAACAGGAUUACCCAUCCUACACAGCCUUUGGCCAAAACCAGUAUGCACAGUAUUAUUCAGCAUCAACGUAUGGAGCAUAUAUGACGUCAAAUAACACAGCUGAUGGCACGUCAUCCUCGACCUCAACCUAUCAGUUGCAGGAAUCUCUCCCAGGACUGACUAGCCAACCAGGUACAGAUCUUCAUCCAGGAGAGUUUGAUACGGUGCAGAGCCCUUCCACACCUAUCAAAGAUCUUGAUGAAAGAACAUGCAGGAGUUCUGGGUCAAAAUCCCGAGGAAGAGGCCGAAAAAAUAAUCCCUCCCCGCCUCCUGACAGUGACCUGGAGCGUGUAUUUGUCUGGGACUUGGAUGAAACCAUCAUUGUUUUUCACUCAUUGCUCACAGGGUCUUAUGCCCAGAAAUAUGGCAAGGAUCCCCCCAUGGCUGUAACCCUGGGACUCCGAAUGGAGGAAAUGAUUUUUAAUCUUGCUGAUACACAUUUAUUUUUUAAUGAUUUAGAGGAGUGUGAUCAAGUUCAUAUAGAUGAUGUUUCCUCUGAUGAUAAUGGGCAGGACUUAAGUACCUACAGUUUUGCAACUGAUGGCUUCCAUGCAGCUGCAAGUAGUGCAAACCUUUGUUUGCCAACAGGUGUAAGAGGAGGGGUUGACUGGAUGAGGAAGUUGGCUUUUCGUUACAGAAGAGUAAAAGAAUUAUAUAACACCUACAAGAACAAUGUUGGAGGACUCCUUGGCCCUGCCAAGAGAGAUGCGUGGCUGCAGCUAAGGGCAGAGAUUGAAGGUCUGACAGAUUCCUGGCUAACAAAUGCACUUAAAUCCUUAUCAAUUAUUAGUACUAGGAGUAACUGUGUCAAUGUCUUGGUAACGACAACCCAACUGAUCCCAGCACUUGCGAAGGUUCUACUCUAUAGUUUAGGAGGUGCUUUCCCCAUUGAAAAUAUUUACAGUGCAACUAAAAUAGGAAAAGAAAGUUGCUUUGAACGAAUAAUGCAAAGGUUUGGCAGAAAAGUAGUAUAUGUUGUAAUUGGGGAUGGUGUAGAAGAAGAACAGGCAGCAAAAAAGCACAACAUGCCCUUCUGGAGGAUAUCAAGUCACUCAGACCUCUUGGCCCUGCAUCAAGCACUGGAAUUAGAGUAUUUGUAACGGUGUUCUCUAGCUGAAGAUCCAUUUUUUUUAUAUAUUUCAAGUACACUGAAUUUUUAUGUGUGAUUCAAUGCCUCUGGCUUUACACAUAUAAAUUGUCUUAAAGGAUGAAAUCAUAUUUGGAAUGAAAAUUCCAGAAUGAAGAAUUCAGAUUGCUGAAUGGAAUUAAACUUUAGUGCUACAGAAAGGAAGCUCUAUGGUCUUAUAUUUACAAUACUUUAAUGGUUUUAAAAAAAAUCUGUGGAGGUUGCUAGUACACACCGAAUGAGUCCUAACUGGAAUUAACAGCUUUAGCAAAGAACUCUUACCCUGGCAAAGCACCAACACAUGCUCCGUCUGACAAGGUGGUGUUCAACAACAUUCCUCAAAAUGGGAUAUCUUCUCAGCCCUGAGGUUUGAAUCUGACUUUAGCCUACCUAGCCCAGAAAAUCUGAAUUGGAAUGCACUCAGACUGUAUAAGGACAAUCCUAUCUAGACCUGUAAUUUGUGUAAAUUAUUGAUGAAAAUAAUUUACUGUGACUUUAUUAGCAGCUGACUUUGAAAGUGGAUGCAAUUUUUCUUUCAUUUGUUGGGGAGGGAAGUGGGUGGGCAGUGGGAGUCUAAUAAUGUCUCUUUUUUAAGUUUGGCAAACAGAAUGUUCAUACUGAUGUGUUGUGCCUUAAAGACAAGACAGCGUUUGUGUGUUACAAUGUAACUUUGGUUAAAAUUUCUGUAGAUAAUGAAAAACAAAAAACCUUUGUGAUCAUUCUUAAGAUGACCAAAUUUAAAAUUCAAGGUAUCAGAUCUUAAUACUGCAUCAGCAAGAAACUGUUGCAAUAAGAAAACAAUGAUAAUAAAGUUUGUGUUUUAUUUGGGUUCUUAAUAAUUCCAAUAAUUAUAUGAGGCAACUAUUUAUGCAUCCAACCAUAAGCAGAAGGUUUGGGAAAGACUGUGGGACCUUUACUUAGAAAGUGAGAUGUAUCGUGAAGUCUCGAGUACCCCUUUCUAUAGUUCUUCUGGAGAAAACUAAGAGCCAUAUUCAUGACUACUUACACUAUUUUGAGUUUGACUUUUUGAUAUGUGUAAGUUGUGUAGAGGAAAAUAGUCUCAUUAAAAUCAUAGGCAAAUAGCACCCAGACUUUCUUAGGCUAUUCCAUGGACAUGGCUUGAAAUUCACAUUGAGUGAAGAUGGCUGAAAGUAAAGCUAAGGCAUUCAUUCCCAAUGCCAUUGCAAAAAUGAAAUGUCAUCAGUGGUGGAAGGCGAAUGCCCCAGAUGGCUUCUAAAGAAAGGAGUGAAACAAUGAAAAUUUUACCUAGAAUAUCGUCAUAAAAUAAAUUGGCAAGUGAACCAGAUCUUGGCAGCAGUACUAAAAUUUCAACAGUGAAAUAGUAUCUGGUUCUCCAUCUUAAUGCGUCAAUCCAAGGUCUCUCCCUUAGAGACCCAUACACCUUAGUUUCUGCCUACCCUGUUCCUGCACAAUGGCCUGCAUUCAUUGCAAGGAGAACCUGUCAUCAUUGUGUGUGCAUGUGUGUUUUUUUCUUGGUGUGUAGCCCAUGUUAGGAACAUGAUACAGGUUCUCCUGUCAUUUUGUAUGACAUGAUUUCCCUUGUGGAAACUUAAGACUUCAAGAUCUAGGAGUGUUUUAAUGGUGUCUGCACCCCUGCACUUCUGUGUUUAAAAUGUCAUAAUGUGGAACCUGAAGUCCAGCUAAUAGGCAGCACCUGUAACCAGAGGCUGGUCCAUGAUAGCUCAUCCUCUGAGGCUUCAGUGGCUCCUGCUCAGUGUGCUUUGCACACUGAUCACAACAUUCACUGUGGAAAUAUGGUUUUAUUUUCCAGGCUGUAAACCUGUCUUUCUUUUCUGAAUGCUAAGGCCAUAUUUACAUUGGGCAGAAAGAGCUUGAGAUCCAGUUUUGCAGAUUUUGAGACUGUGAUUUUAUCACACAAACCUUAAACCUAUUCUUUAAAUUGAAUAACUUUUGGCUCUCUCUUCCCCAACUACUGGUGCAGACAAAUUAAAGUUGCAAUACUUUUAAUAAUGAUGAUAAUGCUAUUAAUAAUAAGAAUAAUCUUACAUUUUUAUUGGCCUUCAGCUUGAAAAUAGCAAUUGAAAAAAAUCAAAGACCUGCACUGAUCAUUAGUGAUUACGUUUUGUGCACUAAAACCUUAAAUAUUUAUUACUGUGAAUACAACAAUAUUAUCUGUAUAGCCAGUUUCCUUAAAUGAUAGAACUGUGGCAUUACAUCUAGAUUUUUAAUCCUUUUCAUGUCAAAUGAGCAAGGCUUAUAAAUGCUGCUAAACCUGCAGGUACAGAAAAGAAUACCCCUUCACAGGUGAAGAAGGGUUGCCAGUUACAUCACCCAGUGCUAUUGCUCACCUAUAUUUUCUCCCUUGAUCGUGCGUUCAGAAGAGGCUGCCAGCAUAGAGCCUCAGUGCUGGGUUAGCCAACAGACAACAGUGGCUCAGGCCCAAAUGGCGACCUCACGGCUGGCCUGUGACUUGGAGCAUGCGCAGACUAGAACCCUAUCCUUCCUGUGUGAGGAACAGAGAUCCUCUUCUUUUCUGGUCUGAAAACACACACACACACACACACACACACACACACACACAAAUAAGCCAGCAAGCAAAGAGAACAACCUGUUUGGCAGUUCCCAGUUUCUGUUGACAUAGAACAUUGUGCCUUAUUAUAAACCAGUUUGAAAAAUGUUCUGUCACUGAAAUGAGUGUUUGGCUGCUUCAUGGACAAACUUGGUAAGUCACUAGGAAAGGUAACCACCUUGUAUUGUACCUGAAAAAUAUCAGAGUCGGUGGCCUGGCUACAAUAUCAUAGCAUACAAGACAAAGUCACUUUACCCCUACAAAAACUUGUAAAUCAAAUUCAGAGGCAAAAAAAAAAUUAUUUUAGAAUUAUGCAGUUUGAACACAAAAAAGUGGAUAACUCUAAAAAAUGUUUUUCCUUAGUCUUGAUAAGCUAAGAUUCAAAAUAGUGUCAACAGCAUACUCCAGUUUGAAGUUGUUUUUUUUUCUUUUUAAGUACAUUUGUUUAUGAUGAGCCUAUGUUCUCAGUGAAUAUGGCAUUUAGUAUUUCCUUCAAAAAUAAAUCCAAGCAUCAUGAGCCAAAGUUGCAUUUUGACUCCUAACUAUGGUAGCAUUAUGGAAAUCUCACAGUUAAAGUCAAGGGUUUCUGUUAUGUAUUAGUAAAGUAUAGAUUAUCGGGGCCUACAUAAUUUAAAGAAAUGUAAAUUAAUAUUAAAAGCUUGUAAAAAUAUGUACAUCUUUACUGUUUCUCAAUAAAUACCUUUGGAAAUGU